AUGAGUCCCUCUCUGAACUGUCUCGCUGGCCGUAGGGCGCUUGCCCUUCGCCCGCAGCGGGGCAGCUUACUUGCUACGCUGAAGCAGUGUGCUGCCACCUCUGGCCUGAAAGCAACACCUCUGCUGGAACGUGGUGAUCGUUCUUCAAAACAUAAUUUGGCUACAACAAGCCUUCGGGGACUUAGCCGCCCGCACCCGCCCGCGCUUUCCCUGCAGCACCAUGUCUCGCAGGUUACCGCUGUCGCGCGGUAUGCAUCCGGGCAGGCAUCGGAUCCGCACGACGAGGAGCUACCUAGCACCCCGCCGUUCACCGCAGGUCCUUAUUCCAACCUCACUAUUGGAGUACCCAAGGAAAGCUAUCCUGGCGAACGAAGGGUCGCGAUUACGCCACAGAACGUGAAACUUCUACUCAAGAAAGGCUUCUCGCGCAUUCUCAUCGAGUGUGGAGCUGGCAGUGCUGCGCAAUUUACGGAUGAAGCGUUUGAGCAAGCUGGCGCGCAGACAGUCGACCGCAGGAAUGUCUUCUCAGAGAGUGACAUCCUGCUCAAGGUCCGGGCCCUUAGCAUCGAUGGAAAAGACAGCGAAGUGGAUGCCAUCCGAGAGGGCGCCACAGUCAUCUCAAUGCUCUACCCGAUGCAGAACAAGCCGACCGUUGAUCGAAUCGCUUCCCGCAAGGCCACUGCAUUCGCAAUGGACAUGAUCCCGCGUAUCUCACGAGCGCAAGUUUUCGAUGCACUGUCGUCAAUGGCGAAUAUUGCUGGUUACAAAGCCGUCCUGGAAGCUUCCAAUACCUUUGGUCGCUUCUUGACUGGCCAAGUGACUGCUGCUGGAAAGAUCCCUCCUUGCAAGGUCCUCGUAAUUGGUGCUGGUGUCGCGGGUCUGAGUGCAAUCGCGACGGCUCGACGUAUGGGUGCCAUUGUUCGUGGUUUCGACACUAGAUCUGCAGCACGUGAGCAGGUCCAAUCUCUAGGUGCGGAAUUUAUUGAAGUCGAUAUCGCCGAGGACGGCUCCGGAGCUGGCGGCUAUGCCAAAGUCAUGUCUAAAGAGUUCAUCGAGGCCGAGAUGAAACUCUUCUACGACCAGUGCCGAGAAGUUGAUAUUGUGAUUACCACUGCCCUGAUCCCAGGCAAGCCUGCACCGAAGUUAAUCACGAAGGCCAUGCUCGGCGCGAUGAAACCCGGCUCUGUAAUCGUGGACCUAGCGGCCGAAGCUGGUGGUAACUGUGAAGCUACGGAGCCGGGAAAAUUGGUGUACUACAAAGGAGUAUCCGUUAUAGGAUACACCGAUCUUCCAUCCCGUCUACCCACCCAGUCGUCAACUUUAUAUUCCAAUAACGUUACCAAGUUCCUGCUAUCACUGACCCCAAAGGACAAAAAGGAGAAGUACUACGAUGUCGACCUCACUGACGAAGUUACCCGCGGCGCAAUUGUCACCUACAAUGGCAAGGUCCUUCCACCAGCUCCACGUCCGGCCCCUCCACCAGUUCAAGCUAAGCCCGCACCUUCGCCUGCCGACCAAGUCGCCAACGCUGUUGCCCUGACACCGUGGCAGACCCAGUCGCGACAGGUAGCUAGCGUGACGGCUGGCAUGACUGCUGCACUAACUCUAGUGAUCUGGGGCGUUGCACCUGCCUUGCACUCUCCGCUUAUGAGCGUAACGAACGCCAUCUCUGGUAUCAUCGGAGUGGGUGGCCUGUACGCAAUGGGUGGCGGCUAUCUGCCCGAGACCAUCCCGCAAACCCUCGGAGCCUUGUCGGUUCUAUUGGCCUUCGUUAACAUCUCGGGUGGUUUCGUUAUAUCUAAGCGUAUGCUUGAUAUGUUCAGACGACCUACUGAUCCCAAAGAGUACCCCUGGCUUUAUGCAGUACCCGCAGCUCUAUUUGGCGGUGGUUUCAUCGCAGCAGCUUCCACUGGCAUGGCAGGUCUGGUCCAAGCAGGCUACCUUGUCAGUAGUGUUCUCUGCGUGACCUCGUUGUCAGGACUUGCGUCGCAGACAACAGCUCGUCGCGGCAAUUUCUUGGGCAUACUUGGUGUUUUCUCAGGUUUUCUCGCAUCCCUGGCUGCUGUCGGCUUUUCUUCUGAUGUUCUCACCCAGUUCGCCGGUCUCGCUACGGUGGGUACUGUUGCUGGACUAAUGAUCGGACGGAGGAUCACGCCUACCUCGCUGCCCCAGACGGUCGCGGCACUGCAUUCGGUCGUCGGUCUCGCUGCUGUACUCACGAGUAUCGGUAGCGUCCUAGGCCACUCUGGUGACAUCUCAACUCUUCACAUGGUUUCCGCCUACCUUGGUGUUCUCAUUGGAGGUGUCACCUUCACCGGAUCGAUUGUUGCCUUCCUCAAGCUAGCCGCAAAGAUGAGUUCGAAACCUCUGGCGCUACCUGGCCGGCAUCUCAUCAACAGCACGUUGCUCGGGGCGAACGUAGCAACCAUGGGCGCCUUCUUGACCUACGCUCCGGGCGCACCUCUUAUCGGCGCAGCAUGUCUCGUUGGGAACGCAGCUCUGUCCUUUGUCAAAGGCUAUACGACCACUGCUGCCAUUGGCGGGGCAGAUAUGCCAGUUGUUAUCACAGUACUCAACGCAUAUUCCGGGUUCGCAUUAGUAGCCGAAGGUUUCAUGCUGGAUAACCCACUCCUAACAAGUGUUGGCGCCCUCAUUGGGGUAUCAGGCUCAAUUCUCUCAUAUAUCAUGUGCGUUGCUAUGAACCGGUCGCUCACCAAUGUCCUCUUCGGCGGUAUAGCUCCCACAGUUCAAUCCCAGACCAAGGUCGAGGGCGAAAUAACGAAGACCACAUCCGAAGAAACAGCCGAAGCCCUCGUCAACGCAGAAAACGUCAUCAUCGUCGUCGGUUACGGCAUGGCCGUAUCAAAAGCACAAUACGCACUCGCCGACUUUGUCAAAAGCCUACGUGCGAAAGGCAUCAACGUGCGCUUUGCCAUUCACCCAGUCGCAGGCCGCAUGCCAGGACAGUGCAACGUGCUUCUCGCUGAAGCAUCCGUUCCCUAUGACAUCGUCCUCGAGAUGGAUGAGAUCAACGACGACUUCCCGGAUACAGAUGUCACACUUGUCAUCGGCGCAAACGACACCGUUAAUCCCAUCGCGCUGGAACCUGGUAGUGCGAUUGCGGGUAUGCCGGUUCUCCAUGCGUGGAAGAGCAAGCAGGUUGUCAUUAUGAAGAGGGGCAUGGCAAGUGGAUACGCCGAUGUACCCAAUCCGAUGUUCUUCAUGGAGAACACGAAGAUGUUGUUUGGCGAUGCUAAUGAGAGCUGCAACGCUAUCAAACGUGCACUAGAGGAGAAGAUUAAGGGGCUGUAG